GCUCCCAAAGCGCCCGCUUCUCGGGUUAAAUAUAGCCCGUCCCCGUAGCGCGCUGGCAUCCCGCUGGCCGGCCGGGUGCGACAUAGGUUCCAUGCCGAGCAUGUUUGUUUUCCUGGCCCGGUCUCGCUCGUGACCGCCUCCUAAUCCCUGCUAGUUACACAAUUAGACCAGUUCCUUCUGACCGACUGGCACCGUGAGCGAGGCAUCCGUGAGACACAGAGAGAGGCAUCCGUGCGUCGUCUUUCAAUCUACCGCUCUUGAAUCAUCGAGGCAACGCUGGUUUGAAAACUGGCCUGGACACACCUCCUGAAGGAAGAAGCAGAGCAGUUGUCGCUUUAAGGAGUUGUUUGGGAAGAAACGAAAGUUGCUGACACAUCAUGCCUCAUGUUUCUCCAGGACAAGCCUGUAAGUGAUAUGCUGGGACCGUGAGGCUUGAAGGGAAAUGAGGACGUUGCGAUGGCUGGUACAGGAAACUAUCGUGGUGUUGUUGUGGCAAGGGAUACUACUGGUGGGCAACACAGACAGUAUGGCCGCAAAAAGGGCAACGAAAUCAGCCGUCGUACCAGGGAACACUGGCAGACACCCCGGCGGUCGUUCGUUUGAGUUCGCCCGAAGACUUAGGCAAGGGAGAGCGUCGGAUGACAUGCUAGUGCAACGGGACAACGCUGUUCACGAGUGGUCUCUGUCGGAUUAUGUGAUGUACCGGAGAGCAGUGGAUAGAAAGAGGAGAGAAAAUCCUCCCGGUUUUGACCACAUCACUGCUACAGGUCACUCACCGACUCGACGUGCUCCUCUCAACGGGGCGACCACCCCAGCCGCGCCGCCGGUUGUUUCAACGCCGGUUCCCCGGUGUUACUAUUACGGGUGUUCAGGGGACGACGCCGGGCCGCCGGCGUGCUACUUCACGCUGCACAGCAGGGACGUGCCGCCCAACGUGCCGUGCGUGUGCGUCUGCUCUGCGGACGCCGCCGCCGACGCGUCCGGUCUAACCACGCCGGCGGUCCCGUCCGGCUUCGACGAUGAGUACGAGGACUACCACGCGGCGCUGAACUCACGCACGCCGCGCAGGGGCGACGUCAACAACUCCAUCUCCGUCAUCGUCUUUCUUGUCAUCUACAUGUUUGUAGUCAUAGGAUAUCUCAAACUGACUGUAAAGUGGUACUAAUGGGAGAAU